AUGGUUCGAGAUUGCGAGGUAGUUGGUCAUGAUGGUUUGAACAAGAUUUACGCGUUCAGAAAAAUUUAUAAUGGAGCCUUGACCCCAGGUAAAGCCGUUCAUAAGGCAUACAUCAGCUAUGCAGGUAAAGAAAUUGAAGUGUCGUCCGGACAACUUUUGCGCAAAGGAAACUAUGAAUGGGUUUACGGAAAAAACGGAAGCGUGCCUCCAAAUGCCGUCAUAAUGGGCCAUAACGAUAAUGGUAGUCCACUUUAUAUAAGGCGAGCUAUGGUCAAUGAUGCUUUGACACCAGGGAAGAUUGAUCCUCCCGCUGGAUACUUGUAUAUUCCAUAUGGCGGGAAAGAACACUACAUAACAGUCUACACCGUGCUUUGCUAUAAGGAUGUCCAUUGUCCCGUGUGCCCUAAGCUGCAAAUACCAAAGUCAGAGUGGGUCGACUUUCAGCUAGCAGUUUCUGAGCGGCCAGAAUGUGAGAUAGUUGGUCAAGAUGGUUCGAUGAAGAUUUACGCGUUCAGAAAAACUUAUGAGGGAGCCGUGACCCCAGGGAAAGCCGUUCAUAGGGCAUUCAUUAGCUAUGCUGGCAAAGAAAUCGAAGUGACUACCGGGCAACUUUUGCGCAAAGGAAACUACGAAUGGCUUUACGGGAAAAACGGAAGCGUUCCACCAAAUGCCGUUAUAAUGGGCAGCAUGGCCGAUGGUAGUCCACUUUAUAUGGGGCGAGCUGUUAUCAAUGGUACUUUAACACCUGGGAAGAUCUACCCUCCGCAUGGAGUCUUGUACAUUCCUUAUGAUGGAGUAGAACAUCGCAUUGAUACUUACACCGUACUGUGCUAUAAGGAUGUUUAUUGUCCCUCACCAUCGUGCCCUAAGCCAACAUCGUCCCCCAAGUCGUCGAUUCCGAAACCAUGUGAUGAGUUGAGUUAA